AUGCUGCCCCCAUCUCGCUCCCCCUCACACUGGCGCACAAACCGAUUUGCGCCGACUCUCGAGGAGGCGGCGGUAGAGGCGCGCGCACAGAGGGAGUGGCGGUGGUGGCGCCGGAGCGCGACCGCGCACGAGCUUCCCUCUCUCCGCCCUUCCCCAACCCUCCACCUGCCCCUACUUCCCCCUUUCCCCUCCUGUUCCGCCUCCUGCCCCGCCUUCUCCCACCCCUCGCCUCGCUUCCGCCAAGCCCAAGCCGCGCGCCUGCAUCCCCCUUUUCCCCUCCCCUCCCUGCUUCUCCCCUCCCCGCUCCCGCCUUCCCUUUACCCUCCGCACGGCCGCCGUCCGACGGGCUGCGCAUCUGCGUUCUGCGCAUCUGCGCUCCCCUUACCCCUCGCGCUCAAAUCGAUUUCCGCGGGCUCUCGCAGAGGCGGCGGUAGAGACGCGCGCGCGGCGGGAGUGGAGCUGGUGGAGCGGACAGUGGCGGUUGUCCAGGCAGAGUGCGACCGGCGCUACUCUCACUCAUCGCUAUUUCAUGAACUGGGUCUUCUCGCUCUCAUCGUCUACUCUCACUGUCGCUAUUUCGUCGUCUACUGUCGCUCUGUCUGUCUCUGUUUCAUCGUCUACUGUCGCUCUGUCUGUCGCUAUUUCGUCCUCUACUGUCGCUCUGUCUGUCGCUUUUUCAUGGCGAACUGGGCCUUCUCCUUUUUCAUUGCCUACUGUCGCUGUUUCGUCGCCGUCCGUCGCUGUCUCGUCGCCCUGGCUGUCGCUUUCACGCGACGGUUUUCGAGCCACUAUUUGACGCGGCUCCUGUGA